AUGGCAUUUGGAGCUGUGUUAGGAAGGAAAGGGGAGACAGUCAUAGAAGAUUAUCGGAAAGUAGCGGAUGUGCUACAGGAGGGACACAGGGAUUACUGUAAGAUCCGAUUCACACCUGUUGAGUAUGACAACAGUAACGGUACAACCGUUUAUGAAAGUCUAGAGAGAGCCUUAGACAUAUUUGCGAAACCAGAAAUUGUUAUCGCUGUUGGGCCCUUCAUCGACGUAUUUACCUCCACGGAUUACGUCAUUAAAAGACAGAUUCAUUUGGUGACGUCAUCAAGCGAAGGCCAGGAGAAAUCUGCCAGGGCUCUCCCAGUUCUUCCAGACACGAAAUCUUUAUCAAAUGCUGUCGCCGAGAUCGUGCAAACUUUGGGUUGGACGAAAGUUGCCUUUCUGUCACAGGAUGACUUUUCGCCAGUGUUGGCUCUCGGAAACAGGGACAUAUUUGCUUGGCCCAUUUUGCUACCUUCCAACAUAAAUAAUGGACACAAUCUUGAGUUGAGGCAGACGAUGACCCAGCUCCGCGAAGCCCAGAUGCGACAGUUCAUCCUACACUCCAUGGACAAGGAGGUCGUGCAACACGUCAUCACAGCGGCGGAGGAACACCAUCUGCUUCACUACUCAAGGAGCUGGUUCAUUACCUACCUGGAUUUUCCCGAUCUGACCUUGAACCUGAAGGAGACUGUAUCCCUGUAUGGCAUACAGCUGCUGAAUUCGGAAGCUAUUCCGCCAAGACUGUAUGAAGAAGAACAGUUCCAGAACCGUUCGCGUCUAAGUCUGGGACUGCUUGUGGACGUCGUCUCCAUCUUACGCCAUUGUCUGCGGCGGGGCCAAAGUGAAUCCUACUGCGAUAGACAACCAAAGAAAAAUCAAACGAGGAAUCAAAAGAUGCUCAACGAGGUUUUCGACGAUAGGUCUGACACCUAUGUAGGUGCUUUAGGACAGUAUAUAUGGGGUUUUACCGAAAAUGGACGCAGUCGGAUUCGUACCAGCUACUCAAUGUCCGUUCUACAACACAUCAACAAUGCAACUAUCAAGGAUGACAUCAAGAUCGGAAAUUGCACCUUUCUAGACAAGCCCAUAUAUACGCCGGUUGGUGAGGGGACGCAACAAAAGGCAGUUCGGGACAUUAACACCAGUCUAAAGGGCAUGAACUUCACCGUGAUUACCAAAACGGAUCCACCCUUCUACUCUGUCAAGAAUGGCAGACACGAAGGCUUUUGCAUUGAUGUCCUGGACGCCUUGAAGAGGUUAAUGGGAAUUGAUUACAAGAUAAUUGCGUAUAGGAGCAAAUGGGCUGGGUUGAAUGAGGACAAGGAGUGGGAAGACAUCCUACACAAACUAAUGGUCGGAGAUGCCGCCAUUGCGAUUGGUGAUCUAGUAGUGAAAUCAAAAAGGGAGGCUCAAAUCUCAUUCUCAAACACAAUACUGACCUCGUCUGUUAGCAUGCUGUUGAAGAGACCUCCUCUCCAGCCAACCUUCUUCCAGUUCCUCUGGCCGUUCGACAUUGGUCUCUGGUUUAUGAUAGCAAUCUUCUUCUUCAUCGUCGGGCUGUCCCUGUUCCUUAUGACUAAGUACGACACCACCCAGCGGACUGCCGAGCAGAAGUUUGAUCUGAAGGAAAGCAUGUGGUACUCACUUAAUGUCAUACUGCAAGGUGGUACUGAGUUCUCGCCUCAAACUACGUCUAUGCGGACCAUCGUGGCCUUCUUUUGGUUCUGCACCCUGAUCAUCACUGCGGCAUACACAGCAAACCUCGCUGCAUUUCUCACUCUCAAACAAGUCGACAGUCGCAUCAAGACCCUGAACCGCCUUGCAAGCCAGAGCAAGGUCAGUUACGGCGUCCGUAACAAUAGCGACCUCAUGACCUUCUUUGAGCGUUCCACCGAAGAUCCAUAUGAGCGUAUGUGGACAGUCAUGAAGCUUUCGGAAAAGGAAUCGCUUGUCUCAGACAGGAUGGAUGGUGUAAAGAGGGUUCUGGCGGGCGACUACGAGACUGGUUUCGCCUUCCUAGACGACGGACUGUUCAAUGACUAUUACGCCGCCAAGUUAUGUGGCAUGGAUUCCAUAGACCAGAGGUUUGGGGAGAAGCACUUUAGUCUGGGGUUCCCAAAGGGGGCGCCGUACAAGGACGACAUAAACAGGGCCCUCCUCAAACUAAAGGAAGAUGGCAUUAUGGACUCUCUCAAAGCCAAGUGGUGGAAGCCUUCGUCUAACUGCUCGACCAUAGUAAGGGACAAGACGGGCGUGAAAGUAUCAGGGGAACUGGAACUAGAGAAUAUGGUGGGCGUAUUCAUUGUUCUUGGCUGCAGUGUCACACUUGGAGUUCUGGUAGAAAUAUGUAAACGGAUUUACCUUGCUAUCCAGAAGGAACGAGAGGAAAACAAGUGAAGACAUGGGGCGAUAGCCUGUUUUACUUUCAAUUAUAUUGAUGUUAAUAUCUUAAUAUCGAAAUAUGAUUAUAAAAAUAUUUGCGUUUUUUUUUGUGGUUGAAAAUGAAUACGUCGAAUUAAGUGCAGAGCUAAAAUUUGUUGAUAUUAAGGGGACAGAUUGUGUUGUUAAUUUCCUCGUCAGCAGUUGACAUCUGUCAAUGAACUCGUGACAAUGGUAACAAGCCCUUUAAUCUCACCCGGUGACCAGGGGAAGGAGGAAUGUUACUAUCUAGAAAUAGAAAAUUCCAGUCAGCAAUUUGAAAUAACCACGGUUAUCAUACUACUUAGAUGUACGCUGCCCCCAAUGGUCGUAUGUUUGACGAAAUAUGCCCCUCGUAUCGGUCAUAUAAUUGAGUCACAUCUACGUAUUUAAAACGCCGUUCGCCUUUCCUGGGAAAGACAGCUCUCAUUAAAAGAGAACGGAGCCGUUGCUCGAGUUUGGAAUGGAAGUUGUUUUGUAAUGAGUAGAAAAAUAAAGUUUUCAUGAUGUAAGCAAUUUUUUAUGAGUGGAUUUUGGUAGAUAUCUGAACUGCUUGAUGUCACUGUGAUUUUGACAAAAACAGUAAAUAGAUUAUAUACUGACUACCUUUUAACUCAAAAUCGAACGAUGAGGGCAAAUCGUUUAACAAAGAAAACGUGAAAGGAUAUUAAGACCAGGUGUUCAAGGAGCAUAUGCGUCUUUUUUGACGGCGUCAUCAUCUUGUUAAUUCACGUCAAAAAUUUAUUCGGGUUAGGAAACGGCCUCAGAAUGAGAAAUGCGCUGGAGAAUGGAACCACCAGGUAUACAACCGAGUAUGGAACACGUCUGACUUCAUAUCGCACAAGGAAAUAUAUCCCCAAACGAGAUAAUACUGUCUACCAUAAACUUGUCAAACUAUCUACACUAACAUAAAUAACCUGCAUCUCUCUUUUUUAUCAGGUGAGAUUUGUCACAGAAUUUCGAGUUAUUACUCCAUUCUAUACCGUUUAGUCGUCAAUAUCCGUGCUUUAGUCCAUUCUACUUCGUUAACUCGUCAAUCUCCGGUCUAUACGCCACUCAACAUCGUCUAUUCGGCAAUCUCUGGGCCAUACUCCAUUCAAAUCGUCUACUCGGCAAGCUCCACUCUAUACUCCAUUCUAUACAAUUUUCUCGGCAAAAUCCAUGCUUUAGUCUAUUCUGCAUCGUCUACUCGGCAAUCUCCGGUCUAUACUCCAUUCUGCAUAGUCUACUCUGCAAUCUCUGGUCUAUACUCAAUUCUGCAUCGCCUAGUCAGCAA